GCCAAAGCUUAAAACAGGAAGUCUUUUCUGAACUGCUGAACUGUUAUUCUGUUUCAUACACUCACCGAGGGAAGGAAUUACACUAACAAUGAAUAACACAACUUGUCAACGUGUCAGCCUUGAAUUUACAGACAGAUUCCUGCCUCCUGUUUUCAUCUUAGUAUUCAUCGUUGGCCUGGUGGCUAAUGGAUGGGGACUGAAGUCUUUGCUGCACAACUGGAAGAAACUGGGGGACAUCAACGUUUUUGUUCUGAACCUUGGUCUUGCAGAUAUUUUGUAUCUGCUCACACUCCCAUUUCUGAUGGUGUACUAUUUUAUGGAGAAGAUUUGGAUCUUCGGAGACACAUUCUGCAAAAUCACAAGAUUCUGCUUCAACCUGAAUUUAUAUGGCAGCAUUGGAUUCCUUACUUGUAUAAGUGUGUACAGGUACCUGGCCAUUGUCCAUCCAAUGAGAGUGAGGGGAAGAUUAACUGUCAUCCACUCUGUGGCUAUUUCAGUGAUGGUUUGGCUGUUGGUGAGUGUUCAAAGUCUUCCGGACAUGUUCUACACCAAGACAUCUGAAAACAAGACUGCAUGCUACGAUACCACCAAUAAUAUAUACGUUGAGGAUUACCUGAAAUACAGCUUCGGAUGGACACUCACUGGGUUUUGUCUCCCAUUCCUCAUCACACUGGGCUGCUAUGGACAUGUGAUUGUCAUUCUCUGCCGCCAAAAUACCACUGACAAGAUAAGUCGUGGACUUGUGUGUCUGAACAGUGCUCUCAACCCUCUGGUUUAUCUUCAUGCAAAUGAAGAUAUUCAUUCUCAGCUCAGACAGCUGCUCCAGCGAGCUCGUCAAGCUGUCUCGCGGCUGUCCAGCACCCCUACUCAGUUUUCCCAGUAAGUUGUCUGCU